UUCUCAGCGCGGUGACAUUUGUUGUAAUUUUCCUGAAAAUGACGUGAGCGAAGCUGGUGAUUAUUGUUAUUCUCGAAUAACGAUUAUAAAAUGGUGUUUUAUAUACCAGCACAAAUAAACGAAUCGUCCAAGUAGCUUGCUAACGAAGAGAAAGUCGCCUAGUAAUGUACGUCAUCCUCGUACGUCGUCGCUUAGUAACAGCGCCGAGCGUCACUCGGAGCAAGUUACUAUAGCCUAUAAUGUUACUGCUUUUUUUAACAACACAGCCUAGUAAAUAUGCUUUCGAUUAUUUGGGUUUCGACUUAUGUGGCAAAAUCUGCUUAAAUUCCUUCAUAAUUCUUCAUUAUCGACACUGAACAGAAUGGCUAAUGUGGGGCCACAUCUCCUGUUUUUGCUGUUUUCUUUGACUGAUGCACAAACUUUUGUUUUCCAGCCAUCCUUUAUCGUGGCUACUGGACCAAGAAUUACUGCACUUUUACUUGGAAACACAACAGGCAUCUCUCUGAAUGUGCACACUGUAUUACCAUCUAACGUAAACGGAGGCAUUGACCCUCCUUCGUGUGCAGCUAGUGAAACACAAUGGAUCCUCACAAAGGAACUUGUUGGAAUGAAUGCACUUCGGGUUCAUCUGGGACUAAAUAGAAGUCUGCAAUUGUGUGGCGAAAAUGAAACAGAUUGUUGUCCAAAGCCACUAUGUGUUCUAGAGAGCCUGCAGGUAUCUGCCUGUGUAGGGAACACAUUUAAGGCAUCGUUGCUGAUCCAGGCCAAGAUUUAUGCUCUUCUGCUUCCUGCUAAUCCUGGAUCUGACAAUGAAUCCGUCAUUCCAAACCAAGUGUACCAGCCGCUGGGCUCCUGUCCCUGCGACCUCACUGCUCAACGAUGCAAUAUCCGAUGUUGCUGUGACAAGGACUGUUCGCCUGAAGAGCUGAAGCUCUUUAAGUCUCAUUGCCUCCCAGGCCCUUUUGGCGGGCAGCUCUCUCAAGUACCAGAUUAUCAGUGCUCUGCACAGAAAGAAGACUCCCCGGAUUGGUUUCCAUUUUUAUGUGUCAUCUCUCCAUCAGAAAACAACCCUUAUCUUGGGCUUUUCUACCAUGGAGACAAAAUCGUAGCAAAGCCUCGCCCAUCCUUCGAAGUGCCUAUUUUGUCUGCACCCAUACCAGUUAUUAGCUACAGCCAAGGAAGUCCCAUUUUCACAAUAGACGAUCAGUUGUUCACUAUUCCCCAGAUGGCGCUUGGACAUUGUGUUCACAGUGCGCCGGUUGCUUUUUUGGAGAAUUUUAGUUUAAAAUGUGUAACCCGGCUGCAGUCUUGUCCAACUGGUUACCCUUUACAAAUGCUUCCAUCUGAUUUGAUGACUCAAGUGAACAAUGGACAAGGGGGUGAAGUCUCAGUGGAAGUGAUUGAUGAAUUAAUCCAGGAUUUGGCUGGAUUCAUGUCAAGUGCGGAAUCAGUUACAUUUGGUACACAUACGGUCCAGGAGUGUGCAAAUGUGAAUUUAGCUUUGGAUUACAAAUUCUACUGGAAAGGAAAUGGCAUUACAAAAAUUACACUGACACGCUCUGUAGGAAAAGUCACUUUGAAUGGCAAAGUGGCGUUAACUACGAGGUAUUCUGCCGUGUUCCUGUCUGGAGACUUUAUGGGCGAGUCAAACUCUGGAAACCCAGGUUAUCAGGUGGGAAGACCCAUCAUUGCAGGAAUUGAGGACGCACAAAAUGAUACUUUCUCUGUGCAAAGGACAUCCAUCAAUCUUUGGAAACCAGUGAGUGAAGGGCUGUGUUCCACUGCUGGGAAACAACCGAUUCUGUUUGCUGAGAAUUCAACAUCAGGAUGUCAGUUGCCUAUCAGCAUGGACAACUUGACCAAGUGCGAUCUCCUGAGGGAGACUGUUUGCUCCCUCCAAGCAAACUUGAUCAGAGCCACAUAUGUUGCAAAGAGUGGGAACCCAAACUCUCAAACUAUAGCAGACUGGGUGGACAUAAAUUUUAUGAACUCAAGCAAAACGUCUGCAGAUGGAGACAGCUCAUGCAGCGACAUUCCGUCCCAUAUUCAUAUUGUCAUUUGGACUUUAGUCACUGGAAUGAUUGACGGAAACGCCCAAAGGAAUAUCCAAACGAUACAAGUUCGCUCCACCUUGUCCACCUGGACAUUUGAGUGCGGAGGAGGGGAUUUCUCUCCAUGUGCAGAUCCCACAGAGACCCAGUUGUUUCCUGUCACUGCUUCGGUUACCUUUAUAGACAUUCCUGUCAAUACUGGACCUCCAAAAACCAGAUUCCAGAUCAACUUUACAGAAUAUGAUUGCAACAGAAAUGAUGUGUGUUGGCCUCAGCUUGCCUUUCCCGUCACCAAGUAUUACACCGGUGAGCCACAAUACCAGUCAUUGGCUAAAGGCCUUAUUUUGGUCUUCUUCUUCAUCGCUGCAUCAGUUCUCGGCACUCCCUGGAAGCAAAUCCGGCAGGCUUGGAAUAAUUCUGCUCGAUAAACGAGUACUACUAGCACUCCCCAAGGAAAAUGAGACACUUGUGUAAAUAAUUACUAAGAAGAAGAAAGAACUGGUAAUAGUUCCCCGAGGUUAACUUGACUUUGUACAUGAUCUAUCCAUCCAUCCAUUUUUUACCGCUUGUCACGGGGGGUGCUGCUGGAGACUAUCCCAGCUGCACAAGUUGCCUGGACAAGUCGCCACCUCAUCGCAGGGCCAACACAGAUAGACAGACAACAUUCACAAACUAGGGCCAAUUUAGUGUUGCCAAUCAAUCUAUCCCCAAGUGCAUGUCUUUGGAGGUGGGUGUCACGACUGGGACUGUGGCGUGGUUUGUUCUCCCGAGGUGCAAAAGAUUUGGACCAUACGUGGCGUGAAGGGAAGUACAUGAUUUAUUUAAACACUAUAACUACCAAAAAAAAGGAGCAAACAAAAGGCGCGCACAGCGGCGGAGGUACAAAACUUGACUAUAAACACAAAACUUGCACAAAGGCAGAAACUAUGAACCAUUAAACAAAACUUGCAAACUAUGGCAUGACGAGAAACCAGCAUGAAAAAAGAGCAGCAAGGGUCUUAAGGGUGUGUGGAGCGUGUGCAGAAGCAUAAAUGCGGGAUGUCGCCAGAAAGACAAACUGAAAACAAUGAACUUAAAUACUACAGACAUGAUUAACUAAAACAGGUGCGUGACUCAAAACGUGAAACAGGUGCGUGACGUGACAGGUGAAAACUAAUGGGUUGCUAUGGUGACAAACAAGAGUGCACAAUGAGUCCAAACGUGGAACAGGUAAAACUAAUGGGUAACCAUGGAAACAAGACAAGGAAGUGAAAAGCUAGAAACUAAAGAGUCCAAUAACUAAACAAAACAAAACAUGACUAAAACAAAACAUGAUUACACAGACAUGACAGUGGGAGGAAGCCGGAGUACUCGGAGGGAACCCACACAGUCACGACCAGAUCCUAUGGACAUGCACUAAAAGAAGGAAAUCACAUAUUUUGCCCUAGUUGCCAUUGCUGGUCUAUGUACAUCCAAUAUAUUGUAUAUAGCGGUUGGUGCACCAUGUUGUAUUAAAAUAACAGAUUAUUCA